CGCCCGCCGCUCGCCCGGCGCUGAAGCCGCCGCCGCCGCCGCUGCCGCGGCUGCUCUCGGCUCGGGAACGCGAGGCAGGCGGGCGCUCGGUGAGGCUCCGGCGCCUGCGGCUGCUGCUCCCCUCCGGCGCCCGGGGCUGCGGCGCCCGGGGUCCGGGCCCCGGCCCUGCGCCCCGCCGCCCCCUGGCCCCGCGUCUAGCCCGGGAGAACGCACUCUGCCGCUCGAGCCGCCCCGGGCUCGCGCCCCCGGGCCAUGAAGAGGGGCCCGUGAGGGGCGCGCGGAGGCGGAGGGAGAGGAGGGAGGCGGGAGGCCGAGGAGGAGGGCGCGGGAGGCGGAGGAUGCCGCCGCCGCCGCCGCCGCCACCCGCGGGCCCCCGGCGAGCCUGACUCCGGAGCGGAGGAUGGAGCCGGCGCUGCAGCGGCUCUCGGCGCGCCCCCGACCAGGUGGCGGCUUCCUCUUUGGGGCUGGAAGAAGAGCACCCCUUCCUGGCCGUCCCUUUGGAGCUGCUGUUUGACCUGGGGCCCGAGGCGAGCCCCCGCCUGCAUCCCUGCUUGCCAAAUCCCAGGAGCAAGCUGAAUUUUAGAAGGACUGCUGCACAGGCUUGGACCUCUGGACCACAGCCCGCUAGGCUUGGGAACACUGGUGGCUGCAGACUGCCCAGCCCAGAGCAGCCCGUCUUUGACCCUGGCUGUCUCUGCUCCCAGACCUCGAGCCGUGGAGAAGCAGCCCCAUGAAGGUGCCCAGCCAUGCAAUGUUCUUGGAAGGCCGUCCUCCUCCUCGCGCUGGCCUCCAUCGCCAUCCAGUACACUGCCAUCCGCACCUUCACUGCCAAAUCCUUCCACGCCUGCCCCGGGCUGGCCGAGGCCGGGCUGGCCGAGCGACUGUGCGAGGAGGGCCCCACCCUGGCCUAUAACCUCUCCCGGAAGACCCACAUCCUCAUCCUGGCCACCACCCGCAGCGGCUCCUCCUUCGUCGGCCAGCUCUUCAACCAGCACCUGGACGUCUUCUACCUGUUCGAGCCCCUCUACCACGUCCAGAACACGCUCAUCCCCCGCUUCACCCAGGGCAAGAGCCCGGCAGACCGCAGGGUCAUGCUGGGUGCCAGCCGCGACCUCCUGAGGAGCCUCUACGACUGCGACCUCUACUUCCUGGAGAACUACAUCAAGCCGCCCCCGGUCAACCACACCACCGACAGGAUCUUCCGCCGAGGAGCCAGCAGGGUCCUCUGCUCUCGCCCGGUGUGCGAGCCUCCGGGGGCUCCCGACCUGGUCCUGGAAGAGGGGGACUGCGUGCGCAAGUGUGGCCUGCUGAACCUGACUGUGGCCGCAGAGGCCUGUCGCGAGCGCAGCCAUGUGGCCAUCAAGACCGUGCGGGUGCCUGAGGUGAACGACCUGCGGGCCCUGGUGGAAGACCCCCGGCUAAACCUCAAGGUCAUCCAGCUGGUCCGAGACCCUCGCGGUAUCCUCGCUUCGCGGAGCGAGACCUUCCGCGACACGUACCGGCUCUGGCGGCUCUGGUACGGCACGGGCAGGAAGCCCUACAACCUGGACGUGACGCAGCUGACCACCGUGUGCGAGGACUUCUCCAACUCGGUGUCCACCGGCCUCAUGCGGCCCCCCUGGCUCAAGGGCAAGUACAUGCUGGUGCGCUACGAGGACCUGGCCAGGAACCCCAUGAAGAAGACCGAGGAGAUCUACGGGUUCCUGGGCAUCCCCCUGGACAGCCACGUGGCCCGCUGGAUCCAGAACAACACGCGGGGCGACCCCACCUUGGGCAAGCACAAGUACGGCACCGUGCGAAACUCGGCGGCCACGGCCGAGAAGUGGCGCUUCCGCCUGUCCUAUGACAUUGUGGCCUUCGCCCAGAACGCCUGUCAGCACGUGCUGGCCCAGCUGGGCUACAAGAAGGCGGCCUCGGAGGAGGAGCUGAAGAACCCCGCCAUCAGCCUGGUGGAGGAGCGGGACUUCCGCCCCUUCUCGUGACAUCGCGGCGUCGGGUGUGACGACACGGCCCGUUUUAACUGUUGCCUUACUCCCCCGCCCCCUCCUGCCCUGUCAUGUCCCGCGGCCCCCUGCCCACCCCGCCCCCUUCUGCCUUUUUUUGUCUCUGAAAUUUGCACUACGUCUCGGUAGGGAUGCCCCGGGCAGGGGGCGCACGUGCAGUGGGGCCCGCCCCCCACCCCAUGCAGACACCCUGGCGUCGGGUCUCCUCGGGGACGUGAGAUGUUUACAAGCACCCCGCGCACACAUGCACGCACGCACACGGGCGCGCCAGGAGAGGCACCCCGACUCACGACUUCUCCAGCUUCCGGAAUCAGUGGGGUUGGGGUCUGGUAGUUUUUGCACUGUUUUACUUCUACAAGGUAAGAGGACAGAAACGAAAGGAUCCCCUCUCUCUAACUUAGGAAGGGGGUCUGUCCCUCCCGGUCCCUGCUUCCUGCCCCCGGCCCUCUGCCUCCUUAGAACAGAGAACCCCCUCCUGCCCGCCCUGCCUGUCCGUGAGCAGGUUUUACUGUGAGGUGAACGUGGACCUUGUUUAUUUUUUUCCAGUCUGUGGUGAUGCUGUCGUCUGUCUGAGUCUUGUGGCUGCCCCUGGACCAGUGAUGGCUGAUGAAUCUUUUAAGUUUCUGAUUGAUCUUGGGGUCCAUCUGUGAUAUCUUUGUGCCAAAAAAAAAAAAAAAAAAAAAAGAAGA